UAAACAUGGCUGCUUCCGUGCCAUGCCUCCGUCCGCUAUGGAAAAUGUUCGCUUUUCAGUGCAUGACACCGAUAGCGCCUGAUAGUUGACAAAUCGCGAUGUUGAAUCUCACACAGUCGGUGACGUCGGAAGGGGAUGUCAUCGCAGAGUUGUGUGACGAGGAGGAUGAGCUGUAUGACUGGCACUUGCCAGUGGCGUUCAAUGAACUUCGCAAUCGAGAGAAAAUAGAGGGUUCUACCAAAGUUACUCAGACAUGGCGAAUGAAAGAACGAAUGAAGACAGUGAGUGUGGCCUUGGUGCUGUGCUUGAACGUCGGAGUUGACCCUCCAGAUGUAGUGAAGACAUCACCUUGUGCUCGUCUGGAAAGCUGGAUUGACCCAACUACUUCCAGUCCACAGAAGGCUCUGGAGGCCAUUGGCAGUAACCUGCAGAAGCAGUACGAGAGAUGGCAGCCCAGGGCCCGCUACAAGCAGAGUCUCGACCCCACUGUAGAUGAGGUCAAGAAACUCUGCUCUUCACUGCGACGUAAUGCAAAGGAAGAAAGGGUUCUUUUCCAUUACAACGGCCAUGGAGUACCAAAGCCAACAGUCAAUGGAGAAAUAUGGGUUUUCAACAAGAGCUACACACAGUACAUCCCUCUCUCAGUGUACGACCUUCAAACAUGGAUGGGGAGUCCGUCUAUCUAUGUGUAUGAUUGUUCCAAUGCUGGAAUCAUUGUCGAGUCCUUCAAACAGUUCUCCGUGCAGAGAGAACAUGAGAUGGAGACAUCAUCGUCAAUCAGUGGCAGUCAGAGAUUCAACAGCCCCACCCCUUCACCCGCAGCAGUCAAAAACUGUAUACAACUUGCAGCAUGUGGUUCCACUGAGUUCCUUCCAAUGAACCCUGAACUUCCAGCUGACCUUUUCACCUCAUGUCUCACCACACCCAUCAAAAUCGCCCUCAAGUGGUAUGUCCUACAGAACACCAGUAAACUUGUGCCAAACCUCACUGCUGAACUGGUGGACAAAGUUCCUGGCCAGCUGAACGACAGACGGACAAUGCUAGGAGAACUGAACUGGAUAUUCACUGCAAUUACUGACACGAUAGCAUGGAAUACACUGCCAAGAGAUCUGUUCCAGAAGCUGUUUCGACAAGAUCUGCUGGUGGCCAGUUUGUUCCGUAACUUUUUACUGGCCGAGAGGAUAAUGCGUUCCUACAACUGUACACCAGUGUCGGGGCCUAAGUUGCCUCCCACGUACCAACACCCCAUGUGGCAAGCAUGGGACUUGGCCUUGGAUUUGUGCCUGAGACAGCUACCUCGUCUGCUGGAAGACGAUGGCCCAACAUUCCAACAUAGUCCCUUCUUUACAGAGCAGCUCACUGCCUUCCAGGUCUGGCUUACGUAUGGCUCAGAGGCACGCAACCCUCCAGAGCAACUUCCUAUUGUAUUACAGGUUCUCCUAAGUCAGGUACACAGACUGCGAGCUUUGGACCUGCUGGGUCGGUUUCUGGACCUCGGACCCUGGGCGGUCAGUCUGGCAUUAUCCGUUGGUAUCUUUCCAUAUGUACUAAAGCUUCUACAGAGCUCUGCUCGAGAGCUACGGCCACUGCUGGUGUUUAUCUGGGCUAAGAUCCUGUCAGUGGACAGUUCAUGCCAGGCAGACUUGGUGAAGGACAACGGUCAUAAGUACUUUCUGGCCGUACUUGCUGACCCCUACAUGCCGGCGGAACACAGGACGAUGGCAGCUUUUGUCCUGUCCAUGAUUGUGAAUGACUACAGGCAGGGACAGGAAGCUGCAUUACAAGGCAAUGUGAUAUCUGUGUGUCUGGAACAGUUGGCUGACAGCAAUGCCUCUCUACGUCAAUGGCUGGCCCUGUGUCUUGGCAAGGUCUGGACCAGCUUUGACAAUGCACGCUGGUGCGGAGUGAGGGACAGUGCCCAUGAGAAGCUAGCCAAGAUGCUGACUGACUCCACACCAGAGGUGCGGGCUGCUACGGUGUACGCACUCGGGGCAUUCAUCAACAACAAUUCAGCGGAGAGAAGUGACCACGCUAAUAACAUUGACCUUGGAGUUGCCAUGACUCUGGCAUCGGUCGGACAAGAUGGUAACCCUCUCGUGAGAAAGGAGCUUGUGGUGGCGUUUAGAUACCUGGUGACCCAGUUUGAGUCACAGUUUGCUACCGUGGCAACCCAGCUGAUAGAGGAGGAGCGACAGAAGGACAAGGCGGUGCCUAUCGUGGCUGCGGAGGCCCCGGGUGGGUGGAAUGUUGUAGCAUCCUCAGUUAUCCCUGAGAACUUCGCGUCUGUCAUGACCAGCGGAAUGAAGCGUAGUUCCUCGCGCACCAGUGUGAAGAGCUUGUUACCCAGCACGUCUUCAGGUUUGCAGCCGUCACCAGGCAACACAAGUUUCUGCAGCAGUAUUAGUUCCAUGGACAGUACCUCAAGUGUUGAAAGCAUGUCCAAUGUUCCGGACACGCGGGGCAAACGGGCAGGAUCCAACCCCUCCAUCCCCGGCCUCAGUUUCAGCAACAUAUACAUCAUGGUGUGGAAGACUCUUAUACAACUCGCCGUUGACCCGGUCCACGAGGUCGCAGACAUGGCUAAAUACAUCGUCAAUACCAUCAAACUCAAGGCUACCACCACCUCAAAACCCUCACAAAUGAUACCCAACCCAGCUAUGACUCAUUCAGCCCCCGCCAGCCCCUCAAAUAGACCUGUCAACCCAGCACAGGGAACACCUCCUCAGAACUACUUGUUUGACGAGUCAGGGCGGCCUGUCACUGGUGGCAUCAAGCGUGACUUCUCGUCACCACGAUUACCAAGCACUACAUCUAGUCCUUACACAUAUUCCACACAAUUCAGUCGCAAUCGGAAGAUAUUCGAUAAAGGUCCUACUCAGGUCGAGGAGAAGGAAGACGGAUCGGCUAGUCGUGUGAAGCAUCCAUCUGUGGUUUCUACCGAUUAUUUCCCCUGGUGUUGUAAACAUUUUGCUCAGCCGCUAAUGCGACUUUCAGACGAGCAGGAUCCGGAGAGCUUCCCACACCAUGAACGAGAGUACCACUUCACACGCAAUGCUCAUGUUAGAAAUGAGGCUAAGGAAGAGCAGCUGCGUGCAGGUUUUAAUCGACUUGAUGACCAGGUAUUUGUAAAUAGAAAUCCAGGCAUACCCUCUGUGAUAAAGUUUCACCCUUACGAGUCCUUCAUGGCCGUCGCUGACAAGGAUAACGUUAGUUUUUGGAACUGGGAACAAGGAACCAAACUCGGGAGUAUAUAUAACGAAAAUCCAAAACACACCAAGAUCACUUCCAUAGAGUUCCUCAAUGCUCACGACGAUACAUUAAUGCUGACUGGCUCAGAUGACGGAGCGGUGCGGAUAUGGAGGGACUGCCUAGAGGAUGUGGAAAUAGUGUCUGCUUUCCAGGCUCUGUCCGACAUGAUCCCACUUUCUAGAGGCUCUGGGCUGGUGAUUGAUUGGGAACAGGAGUCGGGCAUGUUACUGGCAUCAGGGGACGUCAGGACCAUAAAAAUCUGGGACUCGCGGUCAGAAAUGAAACUUCAGGACAUACCUACUGGCGCAGACAGUUGUGUUACGAGCCUCGCGUCGGACUCUGUCGGCCGCUCUCUCCUCAUAGCUGGCUGUGGGGACGGAACUGUACGCCUGUUUGACAGGAGGCUGGGCCCAACAGAAUGUCGAGUGAUGACCCUCAGGGAGCACAACCACAGAGUCCUCAAUGUUCACCUACAGAAGGGGUCAGAGGGCAAGAUUGUCAGCACAAGCAAUGGUGGUGACGUGAGGUUCUGGGAUCCGAGGUUUACAGAGUCAGUCCGCGUGUUAAAUCUGCAACAAGGACUUACUGCUGUUGAUAUGCAUAACUUAGCUGAUGUCAUAGCCUGUGGCUCUAUGAACCAGUACAUUGGCGUCUAUAACCAGUCAGGGGACAGUCUGAGUACCAUUAAAUACCACGAGGGCUUCCUUGGACAGAGAAUCGGCGCCAUCAGCUGUCUGGCCUUCCAUCCUUAUAAGGUCAAGCUGGCUGCUGGAGGUUCCGAUUCUUUCAUCUCUGUGUAUUCCACGUCUAUGAAGCGUAGCUGAUAGCGGCUCCCCCUAGGUAUUUCUACAGCUGUGUGUGUUAUUCGAGGAUUUUCUACCAUGUAAACAGGUGGAAGUGUUGUGUAUCUAGUGACUACCCUGCUGCCGCUUUCCAUUUUAUUUUUUAAAUAGCCAACAUUCAGUAGUUUAAACUUUUGUCAGUUAAAUAACUCAAUUAAACUGAAUAUUUUCAAAUGGAAACUUUUAUGAAAUGUUCUAACGUGUUUUCCUAUUUGCCAUAAUUUGUGCCCCCUCUCCCUCAGUAAGUGCCCCGUCUUAAUUUUAUUCUUGUAGAAAAAAGUUUGGCUACCCAUCUCUCAUUUUAGUGUCUAAAGGAUGCUUACUGUGGCAAAUACAAGUAUUAUUCAAAUCCAUUAAUCUCUGGGGUUUUAGUGGUUUUUAACACUUUGGAAAAUAAUAAAACUUGAACAAUUUAAAUUAAAUUUUCUCAAAAUGCUCAGAUUUUAAACAACCAAGCCUCAAGCCAAAACCAAUGUUAGCUUGAAGUUAAUAUGUUAAGUUUUAAAAAUGAGAUUUUAGACCGUACAGGUGAAAAUUUUCAAUACCCAAACAAAGAAGUAAAGAUUUGAAGUGGGUUUUUUUAAUAUUGAAUACAUCAUGUAUGAAAAUUCUAUUUUGGAUUUUUUUGUUGUUGUUGUUGCUAAGUGUGGUUUAAAUUACUGGGCUCAAGAGUUCUUUGAUUUGUUGGAUCAAAUAUUAAAAUGAUUUGAUUGGAAUAAGCGGACACUGCAUGGUUAAGGGCCAAAUUAAACAGUUGACUUAGUUUAGUAAAAUAUGGAACAAUGAGGCUACAGUUGGCUGAAGACUGGUGGAGUGAUUGGAUCACAUCGGAAGUCCUGGCUGAAUUUGAGACGGCUGGGUAUCAGUAUAGUACUAACAUUGAAACAGCCCGGAAAAACUCAGCCAAUAUCUAAACUAUUGCCCCACAGCUAAAAUGGUUCUGACAAAGGUGAAAUGGUCAGACCUAUUUUGGAACAAUUAUACCAAAGUUGGAAAGAUUGGACAAAGUUGGAACAUUUUAGCCAAGGUUUGCAGUAUGGUUCAAAGUUUGACCAUGAGGGGCCAAGGUCAUGAUUGAGUGGGAAUUGUUUCCAUGGAUACAGAUUUUUUUGCAGGGGUUACAGAGGUCUGAAGUCCUGUUGAAGUAUUUUUAUUUUUACCUCCGAUAUUGUUAUGUUUUUAUGUUAAUAUUUGCAGCUUCUCUCAUAGAAAUAGGAAUAAGCUUCAUAAUAAUGCUGAUAUUGUUUCUAAGUUGCAUUUGGUUUUUUUCAGAAAUUGAAAAAAAAGUUUCUUUGAUAUAUUUUGAAAUGCCAGCUUAUUAUGUUUAUGGGUUUUAUUUUGACAAUGUGACAGUAUACCCAAACCAAAGAAAACGUAGAUGGCAGCCCAGUGGAAUACAACUACUGGUGACGAACAUUUUAUUGAUCAUGCUUAGAUAAUUUACUUUGCAUAUGUUUGUGUGAAUUAAGCUCGCUGAAAAGUUAAUACAAAAAUAUGAAUACCUUGCAGAUCACGACUUACAUAAAGAGACGAACUGCUGUCAAUCGUUUUACUUCAAAAUGAUUUUUUUUUGCAUUCUGAGUUAAAUGUGUUGAUAUCUUUGCUUUUUAGGCCAAAUGAAAAAAUACAUUAUCCUUUACUUUAUAUAUUGAAUUAUAUAGUUCAGGAAAAAAAAUAUAUAAUUGAA